AUGACGGAACCCGAUCCGGACCGUCACUUGAAAAAUGUUUUAGAUGUCAUCGGUGUGAGCUCGAAAAUCGGCAAUGUCGUACAGCUGGUCAAGCGGCGUCGAGGCAGCCCUCCGAAGAUAACGGAGGAACAGGCCAUCCAACAGCGACUGGAAAAAUCGAAAGAAGCCCGCUCAGAGCGUCUCAACAUUUUAGCUACCAAGCAUCGGCACGUGCUCGAAGUGGGCGCUUACAUUUUAUCCGAAGAUCAGGACUAUGUCACAGAGUGCGUGGCGGAUCGAAUGUCGGACGUGCAGCUGCUGGACAACCUCUUCGAGGUGGAUGGCACAAAGUCAUUGCUGCUCUUUUACGGCCUGUGUCCUCCACCAGGGAUGGAUACGGGAAGAUAUAACGCUAAACAACAGCAACCCAUGAACCAAGUGUGGCUAACGAACGGGCAAAGCGGUGGUAAGGUGACGGCAAUCUGCAUAGGAGUUAGCCGCCACAAUAACACCAAACCUAUCGAGGCCAAAGGACUCAGUGAUGAAAUUUUGUUCACCUACAUCGCCAUUCCCGAAGGUAGCUCAGUGGUGUACACUUUGGUGUCGGUUUUAGAGAAAGUCCUUAAGCCUUCCAUCGACGGCAUCCGAGAUUACGGACAUUGUACUGACCUGCAGAAAAGCAACUUCCGGUAUGGUGUGAACCGUUUCAUAAAUUUUCUCAAAAGCACCGAAAAAGACAUCUCCCAGCGGAUCAUGUUCGAGGUGGAUCGCGAUUUGUACUUGGGAUUUUUGCUGACUUCGAUCCAAAUUAAAGAGACAGCUCGCGAUAGGGAGAAAAUGGGUCACGUUGAGCGUAUAUUUAGUCAAUGGAUGGAACAAAUCCAGUUCGCAUUGACGCAGGGCGAUCAAAUAGAGCAAUCGCCCCAUUACGCAGGGCCAUUGGUCGAGCUGGAGUACUGGAGAACCAUACUCACCCGGUAUACCUCGAUCAGCGAGUUUACGGAAGGCAAAAUAUUCCUGCAUUUCCUGGAAUCAUUGAAAAUCUCUCGUGGAAAGCUAGUGAAAGUGUGGGAAGCGCUUGCGGCCGAGUUGUCGUCCAAGCUGAUAGAAUCCAGAGAUAAUGUACGUUUCAUCAGCUCCAUCGAACGUUUCUGGGAUCCGCUGUACCGGUGUGAACCUGCAGAAGCUACUCGGAGCGUUGCUAGCUUGAUGGAAGUUAUCCGCCAUGUGUACAAAUCGUCUUCCUACUAUAACACCUCGGAUAGAAUAACCGGACUCUUGACGAAGAUAGCCAACCAAAUCAUUAUUAACUGCCGGUUGUACCUAACGGAUCGAGGAACAAUACCAAUCUACCAGCAGUCCAAACAAACGCUCAUCAGCAAAAUUACAAUCUGCCAUGAGCUGGAUGCGUCAUUUCGAGAAAACUACAAGCACACGGUCGAUAAAAUGAUGGAAAACCCCAGCGAAACCCCAUGGGAGUGUUCGGAAGUGUUUGUUUUUGGAAAACUAAACCAUUUCAAACAGCGUUUGGCGAAGAUUCUCCACGUUAUGGAGCUGUAUCUGAAAUACGAAGUAAUUGAUCAGGUUACCAUUUCUGGAACUGAACCGUUUUCGGGCCGAAUCAAUGCCGCGUAUGAAACUCUAACCUCAAAGCCUUAUGAUCCAUUGAUUUACACCGAACACCAGUUCGACGUCGACUACGAUUGUUACCUAAAGGAGGUGGAAAUAGCUGAAACUGGGUUACAAAAAUUUCUCAAAAAUCUGCUUGCUAACGAACGCACUGUCGAUAGCCGCCUGUUGAUAUUGCAAAGAUUUGAAAAGCUUCAUCUGGAAUGUCUGUGUCUUGAUCGACGUUACCUCGACGUGGCAAUCAUGCUAGAGAACGAGAUAUUCCAGCUGAAAGAUAUCUACAAUGAAAACCGAGCCAAUCCACCGAUACCGUACGGGGUGCCUGAGACAAUGGGCCGUAUUAUGUGGGCUCGAUCGCUAUUCCGUCAGAUGGACGUGCCGCUGAGUGCGAUUAAAAAUCGGCAUUGUGUUGUAAACCACCGAAAAGCGCAGCUGUGUGUUAAAUACUACAACUACCUGUGUGAGGUGUUGAUACAUUACGAGCUGUUGCACCAUAAAGCCUGGUUACAGUUCGCGACUGAAGCUCGGUCUAAGCUGUCAACUCCCGUGUACAGGAAACGUUCUACCGACAACUGGCUGGAGCUGAACUUUCAUCCAUGGAUACCUCAGAUCAUCAGAGAGACGGAAGUUGUGCUUAAGCUCGGCUUAACAGCACCCGAUUUCACAAUCGUGCUCGUGCAAAAUAAGGUCAAAAUCGAUCAGCUGUUUGAGAAGGCAAAGCAUCUACUUAAUCAAAAUAAUAAGCUUCGUUUGUCAAUUCCACCCAUAUUCCUGCCCUUGAUGAGAACAAUGUUAGUUGCACUGGAUAAAGUGUUUCUACCGGGAUUAUGCGUCAUCACAUGGGAAUCCUUGAACAUCGACAAAUACCUAUUUGAGGUGGAGAACACGUUGAACGAGACGGAACAGUUCUUCAAGGAGGUUUACGAUAUCUGGCAGGCCCGGGUCGAGGAUACACUGGAUUCGUUCGAAAGCACCGACCUUCUCACGCUCCCUGCCGAUCCUGUGGAUCCGAAGGAGUUUUAUCAAAUGAACAUUCGAUAUCGUCAGUCAGUGCAGAUGCACCUGGAGAAGAAAUCACAAGCCAUGGAAGCGUCCGUCAUAGAACUGAUUAACAAGUUUGCCACCAAAAUUGAAGUCCCUGACUGUGACGAACGUGGUAAUCGUAGGUAUCAACUUCCGCUCGAAGAAAUUACCGAUGAAAAUAGGCGACGUGAAGAGCAACUUCCUACGGAUAAAUACGAUUGGAUUCGUUUCGAUCGGUUGUACAAAACGCCUGCCAAUCCGACACCGGAGGCGCAUCUGGAGGCACUGUUUCAGGAUUACGGCUUCCUCAAUUAUGACAUCACAACGCUGCACAUUGACUGCAUGGAAUUGUUCGCGUACUUUAACAACCGCAUUAUCAACGUGUUUGUUCGAAUGGUGAGAAGUUCUUUGGAGAAGCUUCGUUCGAGACUCGAACUAGUUCGGCUACAGCUAAACAAGGCGGCUAUCUUGGGUGAGAUUCAUCCGCUCAUCGUGACCAUAAUGUCAUUGAAGGCGGAAUGCUGCGAAAUAGAACCCUCUCUGGUAGACAUACAGUCAGCCUUUGAAAAAGUAGUACUGAAUGUUGUAGAGACUUUCUAUUCCAUCUCGACCUGGGGUCGGCAAGCGAAAUCGGCUGAAAGGAAUCUAAGACGUCCCGUGCUGGCUGAACAACGAGCGGAGCGAGAUUGGUUCAAGCUGAUUUCUGAGCAUAAGGACGUAACCCGAAUAAUGCACGAAUUUGAUGGAGGAAUCCUGCUGCUAGAGCCUGACGUUGCUUACGAGUUGAACGAUGUUUACCAUCACUUCGAGUACCUUUGGAAGCAAAAUCUGUUCACGGUUCCUCUUGAAGCGAAACCAGAGUUGUUCGAAAAAAUCAAGGAAGAUCUCGCCACGAUCAUAUACAUCAUCCACGUUGGGCCGAUAGUCAUAAAACUGGACACUGUGAUUGAAGUAGUCCUGCGCCGUUUCUUUGCUUUCUACGAAAGCCGAAUAGAAGAAAUAGUGGGCUUCAUCACUGAGCAGGAUGAAAUGCUGAAGCGUACUUUGGUCGAUUUGGACGACAUUCGGAUGGCCAUGGCUUGCCUUCAAACGGUGCAGGAAAAUUUCGGUUUUAUCGAUGUGGAUCUCACUUUCAUUGAGCAAACGUACCGUACGUUGGCCGAUUUUCCUCAGCUUGGAAUAACGCCGGAGAAUGUUGAAGUCGUGUAUGGGAUCCGCGAUACUUUCAAAACAAUGAUCAAGCGAGUAGAGAAAGUAGAAAACGACAUCAUAGCCUUACAGGUGCCGUUGCAACGCGAGCUAGCUCAGGGAGUCGCAAAGUUCAACGAGGACAUCACCGAAUUUGAUGAUGAAUUUGAAACCAGUGGCCCGAUGGAGGAAGGAAUUCCGGCAAAAGAGGCUAGCGAUCGGUUGCUCAUGUUCCAGGGACGAUUUGAUGAGCUGUGGCGUAAAUUCGAAAUGUAUGCCAAUGGUGAAGCGUUCCUGGGCUUGAAAGUGAACGACUAUCCUGUGCUGCACAAGCGGCGCAAGGAAUUCAAUCUGCUCAACAAGCUUUACUCGUUGUACAUUCAAGUAAUGAAAAGCAUCGACCAGUAUUACGAAACACCAUGGCAAGAAGUCGACAUCGAGAACAUCAAUGCCGAGCUUACUGAUUUUCAGAACCGCUGCCGAAAGCUCCCAAAAGCGAUGAAAGAUUGGCCGGCGUACAUUGAGUUAAAGAAGAAGAUUGACGAUUUUAACGACAGCUGCCCGUUGCUGGAGCUUAUGUGCAACGAUGCGAUGAAAGACCGCCAUUGGGAGAAAUUGGAGCAAAUGUUAGACUGCAAGUUUGACAUCGCAUCGCCCACGUUUACGCUCGGAAACAUAAUGGAAGCCCCAUUGCUGAAGUUUAGCGAUGACAUUGAGGACACUUGCAUCGGUGCAGUGAAGGAAAAUGAUAUCGACACCAAAUUGCGCUCGGUUGUGGCGGAAUGGUCAACGGUGAACCUACAAUUUGCACCCUUCAAAACUCGCGGAGAGCUGCUGAUCAAACCAGCCGAAACGGUUGAAAUAAUAUCGAUGCUUGAGGAUAGUAUUAUGAUCGUCAAUUCGCUAGCAUCGAAUCGGUUCAAUGCACAUUUCAAAAAGGAUAUAAUGCUGUGGCUGCACAAACUGGUCAACACUGGCGAGAUCCUGGAAAAGUGGCUACAAGUGCAGAACCUAUGGAUCUAUUUAGAGGCCGUCUUCGUUGGUGGAGAUAUUUCGAAACAGCUGCCACAGGAUGCUAAACGCUUCGCUGGCAUCGACAAAAGCUGGGUGCGCAUUAUGUUCCGUGCCCGCGACAACCCAAAUGUCGUCCAAUGCUGCACAGGUGAAGACGUUAUGUCGUACACGCUAACGUCUCUGCUGGAACAGCUAGAAACGUGUCAAAAAUCAUUAACAGGAUACCUCGAGUCCAAACGGCUCUUGUUCCCACGAUUCUUCUUCAUCUCUGAUCCGGUGCUGCUGGAGAUCUUGGGUCAAAGUUCUGACCCAACGUCCAUUCAAGCGCAUCUCCUGAGUAUAUUUGACGCAGUCGCUAGGGUGGAGUUUGAAGAAAAAACCUUUGGCAAGAUCAUCGCUCUGCUCUCGGACAAUGGAGAGCGAGUGGAGCUGGCUAAUCCUGUUUUCUGCACGGGUGGCGUGGAAAUCUGGCUCGGUAGCCUGUUAGAUGAAAUGCAGGAUACUAUCCGGUCCAUUUUGGCCCAUAUGGCGCAUAAUCUCGCUAAACCGGACUUUAAUUUUAUCCUCGGGUUCCAAGAAUACUGCGGCCAGGCGGGUCUUGUCGGUGUGCAGCUGUUGUGGACGAACGAGUCGGAAAUCGCUUUGAGCAGGUGUCGCACUGAUAAAGCGAUAAUGCGCGUCACCAACAACCGGUUCCUGAACCUGCUGAACAGCCUGAUCGAGCUGACGGUGAAGGAUUUGACGAAAUUGGAACGAAUCCGCUUCGAAACGAUGGUUACAAUACACGUGCAUCAGCGCGAUAUUUUUGACGAUCUGGUGCGCUUGCGAAUUCGGACGGCGCAGGAUUUCGAAUGGCAAAAGCAGGCUCGCUUUUAUUACAUCGAUGAAACGGAUGACGUGAUCGUGAAGAUUACCGAUGUUGAUUUUAUUUAUCAAAACGAGUACCUCGGUGUAACGGAGCGGUUAGCUAUCACGCCACUCACCGAUCGAUGUUAUAUCACUUUAGCACAAGCUAUUGGUAUGUCGAUGGGAGGUGCUCCCGCAGGUCCUGCAGGAACUGGCAAAACGGAAACCACCAAGGAUAUGGGACGAGCACUGGGAAAAUUGGUAGUGGUCUUCAAUUGCUCGGAUCAAAUGGAUUUCCGAGGCCUGGGACGUAUUUACAAGGGUCUAGCUCAAUCCGGUUCAUGGGGUUGUUUCGAUGAGUUCAACCGAAUCGAGCUUCCGGUGUUGUCAGUUGCAGCACAACAGAUAUAUAUUGUACUCUCGGCAAGAAAGGAAAAGAAAACAUCCUUUUUGUUCAGCGAUGGUGACACCGUUUCGUUGAAUCCAGAAUUUGGGCUGUUCAUCACCAUGAACCCUGGUUACGCGGGACGCCAGGAACUUCCAGAAAAUCUCAAAAUCAUGUUCCGCUCCGUCGCAAUGAUGGUGCCUGAUCGACAAAUCAUCAUGCGCGUCAAGCUGGCAAGCUGUGGGUUCAAGGAUAACGUCAUUCUAGCCCGUAAAUUCUUCACCUUGUACAAGCUGUGCGAGGAGCAGCUCUCCAAACAGGUGCACUACGAUUUCGGUUUGCGAAACAUUUUGUCCGUUUUGCGAACACUCGGUGCCCAGAAGCGAGCGAAUCCCACCGACACAGAGGAAACGAUUGUGAUGCGUGUCCUGCGAGACAUGAAUGUAUCGAAGCUGGUGGACGAAGAUGAGCCGUUGUUUAUUUCGCUGAUUGAGGACUUGUUCCCGGGGAUCAAGCUGAGUACGUCAAGUUACAAGGACCUGCAGCGUGCCAUCGCGAAUAGCGCAGAAGCGCUUGGUUUGAUGAACCACCCCGAGUGGAACCUGAAGGUGAUCCAGCUCUACGAAACGUCACUAGUACGGCACGGUCUCAUGACACUGGGUCCUACUGGAGCUGGUAAAACGCAGUGCAUACUGACGCUUUUGAGGAGCUUCACUGAGAUGGGUAUGCCCCACAAGGAGAUCCGCAUGAACCCGAAGGCUAUUACGGCUCCACAAAUGUUCGGAAGGCUCGAUGUGGCGACUAACGACUGGACUGAUGGGAUCUUCUCCACCUUGUGGCGUCGUACGCUGAAGGUAAAGAAGACGGAGUUUGUUUGGCUCGUACUGGAUGGGCCAGUUGAUGCGGUGUGGAUUGAAAAUUUAAACUCUGUCCUGGAUGACAAUAAGACGCUGACACUGGCGAACGGUGAUCGUAUCACAAUGGCACCGAACGCGAAGCUGGUGUUUGAGCCAGACAACGUGGACAACGCUUCACCUGCCACCGUCAGCCGAAUGGGUAUGGUGUUCAUGAGCGCAUCGGUCAUGAAAUGGGAGCCUAUCUUGAAUGGGUGGCUGAAAACUAAGACAGCUGAUGUUGCGGAUUUAUUGCGACGGUUGUUUCACAAAAUUUACAACGAUUUGCAUGAGUUUGUCCAAACGAAGCUCGAGGCCAAGAUGCGAAUACUGGAAGCGAUCUACAUACGACAGUGUUGCGAUCUGCUAGAGGGUUUGUUGGCUCCACAAAACGAAAAUGAAGCUGCUGCUGCCUUUACUGAUGUCCAUGUGGAGCGUUUGUUCCUUUUUUCCCUCAUGUGGUCCCUGGGUGCCGUACUUGAGCUGGAAGAUCGUGAGAAAAUGGGUGAAUUCAUUGCAAAGCAUCCAUCCAAAAUGAAAUGGCCCAAACUCCAGCCCGGAGAAAGCAUUUUUGAAUAUGUCGUCUCAUCGGAGGGUGCCUGGCAACACUGGAACGACCGAGUGGAGGAGUACAUCUAUCCUAACGACAGUGUGCCAGAAUUUGCGAGCAUUCUCGUGCCCAACGUGGACAACGUGCGCACAUCCUUUCUCAUUGACCUGGUGGCUAGACAGAGCAAGGCAGUUCUGCUGAUAGGCGAACAGGGUACGGGAAAAACCGUCAUGAUAAAGGGCUACAUGCUGCAGUACGAUCCCGAGUAUCACCUCUCGAAAAGCUUCAAUUUUUCCUCCGCAACCACACCGAACAUGUUCCAGCGUAUCAUCGAAUCGUACGUGGAAAAACGCGUCGGCACAACGUACGGUCCACCGCAGCAGCGCAAAAUGUCCAUCUUCGUCGACGACAUCAACAUGCCGAUCGUCAAUGAGUGGGGUGAUCAGGUGACGAACGAAAUCGUCCGUCAGCUGAUGGAGAAUAGAGGCUUCUAUUCGCUCGAUAAGCCGGGUGAUUUUUUGACCGUCCUCGACAUACAGAUGCUAGCGGCGAUGAUCCACCCGGGUGGUGGAAGAAACGACAUCCCGCCAAGAUUGAAGCGCCAGUUUUGCAUUUUCAAUUGUGCCAUUCCUAGCAACAAGUCGAUGGAUAAAAUAUUUGGUGUGCUCGGUGAGGGGUACUUCUGUGAUACGCGCUUCAACGAUGCGUUGGUGCAGUUCAUACCGGCUCUGGUGCCGUUAACGCGCAAAAUUUGGCAAGCUACCAAAGUGAAAAUGUUGCCAACGCCGGCAAAAUUCCAUUACGUGUUUAACCUUCGCGAUCUUUCGCGCAUUUGGGAAGGUAUGCUGAAAGUUAAAUCUGAACAGUGCGAAACGGUCCGAACCGCAAUCAACCUCUGGAGACACGAAUGCACACGGGUCAUAGCGGAUCGGUUUACUAAUUUCGAUGAUCGGAAUUGGUUCGUAGCGUACUUGCGAUUGGCCGCCGAACAAGAGCUGGGACCAAACUUUGAACAUUAUCAGGACGAAGAGCAGUUCUUUGUGGACUUCCUGCGAGACGCACCCGAACCCACGGGCGAUGAGGGUGAAGACGUCAGCUUGGAACCCCCGAAGCUGUACGAAGAAAUUCCUAGUUUCGAAGAGACUACGGCACGCGUCAAAAUGUUCCUCGAACUGUACAACGAGCAGGUGCGAGGUGCUACGAUGGAUUUGGUGUUUUUCCGGGACGCUCUUAUCCACAUGAUGAUCAUAUCCCGCAUCAUCGGAACACCGCGUGGUAAUGCGCUGCUCGUGGGUGUAGGUGGCUCAGGCAAGCAAAGUCUAACCCGUCUAGCGUCGUUCAUUUCGGGUUACAAAUUCUACCAAAUCACACUGACCAGAGCGUACAACGUGAACAACCUCAUGGAGGACCUGAAGUAUCUGUAUCGCGUGUCCGGAGUCGACGGUCAGGGCAUAACGUUCAUUUUCACCGACAACGACAUCAAGGACGAAGGCUUUCUGGAGUACAUUAACAACGUGCUCAGCUCGGGAGAAAUUGCGAAUCUCUUCCCGAAGGAUGAAAUCGAUCAAAUCACGAACGAGCUGAUACCCGUGAUGAAGAAGGUGGACCCGAAGCGCAUCCCGACGCAGGAUAAUCUGUACGACUUUUUCAUAUCCCGCGCGCGGGCCAACCUACACAUCGUGCUGUGUUUUUCACCGGUCGGUGAGAAGUUCCGCAACCGUUCGCUCAAGUUUCCGGGGCUGAUCUCGGGCUGUACGAUCGAUUGGUUCCAGCGAUGGCCGGAGGAUGCGCUGAUAGCCGUCUCGACGCAUUUUCUGCGCGAUUACAACGUCGUCUGUACGCCUGACGUUAAGGUGCGGUUGAUUGAGAUCAUGGCUUUCGUGCAGGAUCGUGUGGCGGAAGUGUGCCUGGAGUAUUUCGAGCGUUUCCGCCGUCAAGCGCACGUGACACCGAAAUCGUUCCUCUCGUUCCUGGAAGGAUACAAAGUAAUCUACAAACAGAAGCACGAGAACAUCGCCAUCCUUGCAAGUCGCAUGCAAACAGGUCUCGUGAAACUCAUCGAGGCAGCCGAGUCGGUGGAUGUGCUACGUUUGGAGCUAGAAGAAAAAGAGAAGGACAUCGUGAUCGCCACCAAGGCGGCGGAAGUAGUACUGGCCUCCGUCACAGAAUCUCAGAAAGCGGCCGAGCUGGUGAAAGCCGACGUGUUAGUGGUGAAAAAUAAAGCCGACGUGCUGGUGGAACAGAUCCAGGCAGACACGAUGGUUGCGGAGGAAAAAUUGGAAGCUGCACGUCCAGCUCUAGAACAGGCGGAAGCAGCCCUCAAAACUGUAACAGCAGCCGACAUGGCGACGGUGCGCAAGCUGGGCAAACCACCGUACUUGAUCACGUUGAUUAUGGACGUUGUGUUGAUCCUGUUCGGGAGAAGAAUAGCACCCGUGAAGCCGGACGACGAGCGACAGUUUAUGUUUGCUUCGUGGGAGCAAUCCCUCAAGGUGAUGGCAGAUACCGGCUUUCUCGCGAAGAUCGUUCGCUACCAGGCGGAUCUGAUCAAUGCCGAAACGGUAGACCUGAUGAUGCCUUACUUCAAUUACCACAUGUACACGUUCGAGGCAGCAAAGGCAGCUUGCGGAAACGUUGCCGGUCUGCUCAAGUGGACAAUGGCGAUGGCGGACUUCUACGACGUCAACAAAGACGUCUUACCGCUGAAGGCGAACUUAGCGCGGCAGCAGAAAAAGCUGGACAUUGCAAUGGCGGAAAAGGGCGCUGCAGAGGCACUGCUGACGGCCAAAGAGCAAGAGUUGGCAGUGGUGCAGCAGAUGUUUGACGAAGCGAUGGCCAAGAAGAAAGCCGUACUGGACGAUGCGAAGCAAUGUCAAGACAAAAUGGACGCUGCCUCGGCUUUGAUCGAUGGGUUGGCGGACGAGCGUGUUCGCUGGACAGAACAGCUGGAGCAGUUUAAAGACGAAACGGAACGGCUCGUUGGAGAUGUGCUUAUUCUAACAGGCUUUCUGUCCUACACUGGUCCGUUCAACCAAGAAUAUCGCACGGUCCUGCAAACAAGCUGGCAAAGUGAACUGAGCAAGCGUCGCAUUCCAGUAUCCAGGAGCAUCAAUAUCACGGAAAAUCUCACCGACCAAGCAACGAUCGGAGACUGGAACCUGCAGGGUCUGCCGAAUGAUGAGCUCUCGAUCCAGAACGGUAUCAUCGUGACGAAAGCGGCCCGCUAUCCGUUGCUCAUCGAUCCCCAAUCGCAAGGGAAAAUGUGGAUCAAAAACAAGGAGAACGAUUUUGGGUUAGUCGUUACCUCGCUGAAUCACAAGUACUUCCGAAACCACAUCGAGGAUUGCGUCUCGCUGGGCUACCCGAUGCUGAUCGAGGAUAUCGGUGAAGAGCUCGAUCCCGUGUUGGAUAACGUGCUGGAGAAGAACUUUAUCAAGAUGGGCAAUAUGUACAAGGUGAAGGUGGGCGACAAGGAGGUGGACGUGAACGAUUCCUUCCGGAUGUACAUGACUACCAAGCUUCCGAAUCCGCUCUACACGCCGGAAGUGUCGGCUCGUACGUCCAUUAUCGAUUUCACGGUUACCAUGCGUGGACUUGAGGAUCAGUUGCUGGGACGGGUCAUUUUGACCGAGAAACGCGAGCUCGAAUCCGAGCGAACGAAUCUCAUUAAGGAUGUCACGGCGAAUCGGCGCAAAAUGCAGGAACUGGAGGCGAACUUGCUGCAUAAGCUGUCUACAACGCAAGGCAGCCUGGUGGACGACGUGACGGUUAUUGGAGUGUUGAAUGUAAGCAAAACUACCUCGAUAGAGGUGCGCGAAAAGCUGAAGAUCGCGCGGGAAACGGAGAUCAAAAUUAACAGGGCCCGAGAAGAGUACCGCCCUGUGGCUGCACGUGGAAGCGUGCUGUACUUUCUUAUCUGCAGCAUGACUAUGGUGAACAACAUGUACCAGACGUCGCUGGUGCAGUUUCUGGAGCGCUUUGACAUCUCGAUGUCACGCUCCGAUCGUCAUCCCGUACCAACGCGGCGAAUCAACAACAUCAUCGAGUACCUGACGUACGACAUCUUCCGGUAUGUGUGCCGGGGUUUGUACGAAGUGCACAAGUACCUGUUCGUGCUGUUGAUGGCACUGAACAUCGAUUUGGAUCGCAAAUCCAUCACUCACGCGGAAUUUCAAACGUUCAUCAAAGGAGGAGCCGCCCUGGACAUCAACACUUGCCCCGAGAAGCCGUUCAAAUGGAUCGCCGACGUAACGUGGCUCAAUUUGGUGCAGCUCUCGCGGCUCGACCUGUUCAGUAGCAUUCUCGAUAGUGUGAAAGGCAACGAGAAAGGUUGGAAAACGUGGUUCGCGAAAGAGGCACCGGAAGAGGAACCACUCCCAUCGGAUGGAGGCUAUCAGUCGAUGGACGCUUUCCGUCGCCUGCUGCUGAUUCGAGCCUGGUGUCCGGAUAGAACGCUCUUUCAAAGUCGACGUUAUCUUGGAAUGUCACUUGGCGAGCGGUACGCCGAUCCAGUCAUUAUCAACUACGACGCGCUGCUGGAAGAAAGCCGCCCAUUGACGCCACUGGUUUGCUUUUUAUCCAUGGGCUCGGAUCCGACACCCAGCAUUGAAAGUCUGGCCAAAAAGAAUGCCAUCAAGUGUCGCUCGAUUUCCAUGGGCCAGGGACAGGAGGUACAUGCUCGCAAGCUUGUCGCCAGUUCCCUCGAAGAAGGAUCGUGGGUUUUGCUCCAGAACUGUCAUCUGGGGCUGGAGUACAUGAACGAACUGAUGCUGCAGAUAUUGGAGCUAGAGCGGGUUGGUCCGACUGCCUUCCACGAGAACUUCCGAAUUUGGGUUACAACCGAGCCUCACCCGCAGUUUUCGAUCACAUUUCUGCAAAUGUCGCUAAAGUUCACCAACGAACCUCCAUCGGGUGUGAAAGCGGGUUUGAAGCGUACAUACGCGUCCAUGUCUCUGGACAUGUUCGAGUACAGUGAUUCACCUCUGUACGUACCACUGAUCUACGGGAUAUCCUUCCUGCACACGGUGGUUCAAGAACGUCGCAAAUUCGGACCCCUUGGGUGGAACAUUCCGUACGAGUUUAACUCUGCCGAUUGGUUGGCAAGCUGCAUGUUUGUGCAGAACCAUUUGGACGCGCUCGAUCCAAAGGUGGGCCGUGUGAGCUGGAAAACGAUGCGAUAUAUGCUGGGAGAGGUUCAGUACGGAGGUCGCGUUACGGAUGACUAUGACAAGCGGCUGCUCAACACAUUCGCUCGCGUCUGGUUCUCAGAUGCGAUGUUUGAGGAGACGUUCCGCUUCUUCCGCGAGUAUCGCAUAAUGCGUUUUAAAACGAUCGAAGACUAUCUGGAAGCGAUCGACAACAUGCCACUCGUCGAUCCUCCCCAGGUGUACGGGUUGCAUUCGAAUGCGGACAUCACGUACCAGAGCAAUACGACGAAGGAAAUUCUCGACACGAUCCUUUCGAUUCAGCCUAAAGAAUCAUCUGGCGGUGGUGGAGAGACACGUGAGGUGACGGUAGCACGUUUGGUGCGAGAUAUGCUCACGAAAGUGCCUCCACCCUAUGAUCCAUACGCGGUCAAGGAGCGAUUGCGUAUCAUGGGCCACCAGGAAUCGAUGAACAUUUUCCUACGCCAAGAGAUCGAUCGAAUUCAGCGCAUUCUACUGCUGGUACGUCAGACGCUGAAUGAUCUUCUUCUCGCCAUCGAUGGUGUGAUCAUCAUGAAUGAGCAGUUGCGAGACGCACUGGACAACAUCUACGAUGCCAGAGUUCCAACGGUUUGGAAGCGUGGAAGUUGGGCUUCGGCAUCGCUUGGAUUCUGGUUUACGGAGUUGAUCGAACGAAACGCCCAAUUCUACGGCUGGUGCUUCCGCAAGCGUCCGAACAUGUUCUGGAUGACGGGCUUUUUCAACCCACAAGGUUUUCUAACCGCCAUGCGGCAGGAAGUAGCACGUGCUCACAAAGGAUGGGCGUUGGACAUGAUCACACUGCACAACGAUGUAACGCAGAUGCUGACCGAGGAAUGUAAGGGUAUUCCUGUGGAAGGAGUCUACGUUUAUGGGCUGUACAUCGAUGGAGCGGGUUGGGAUAAACGGUUAAUUCGACUGCAGGAAGCCACCAACAAGGUGCUUUACUCACCGAUGCCAGUCAUACAUAUUUACGCUAUUAACUCGACGGCUCCGAAGGAUUCGAAACUUUACGAGUGUCCGGUGUAUAAAAAGGCAAAUCGAACUGAUCUAAAUUAUAUCACCCCGCUUUGGUUGCAAACUGCUAAACCACCAGAGCAUUGGGUCCUUCGAGGUGUUGCAUUGCUGUGUGAUAUAAAGUAA